ACCUAAAUCAACUGUAGAUGAUAAAGACUGAACCAGAGGAUAGCACACUGUUUUGGAGAAAGCACAUGCUGGAGCAUCGCUUAUAAAAGGAGCACACCUUAGAGGUUUACCUCUGAAGGUUCUCUCAGCAGCUGGGUGAGAUCAUCGACAAAUGCUUUAAGGUAGUCAUACAUCAUACACAUUGUUGGUACCCCCGUGUUAAAACAAAAACUUGAAACUGACAAAAGUAACUAUACAUCAAUAUUUCUUAGUAAUGAGACUUUUUAUGGAAUUUUGGAACAGAAUAAUUAAGCAAUAUCACACAAGAGGGAGUGCUGUUGUACUGAAUAUCAGCACGGCUGUGAUUCUCUUCCCAGCCGUAGUACAACAGCACUCACUCCUGAGUGAUAUUGCUUUUAUCCAACAGUUCUACAAGCACCAAUCAUUAGUUAACAAUAAUAAUUAACAACAUAUUAUGUUCAGAUUUCUUUGGUUCAUUAAUGAUUUAUUUGGCUCCGCCAACACAAAUAGAUCCGCAACUGGACUGAACUGUUGCCAAGCAACACAAACACAUUAGCAUUACAUUAGGUUCCCUUGUUCCUCUUCUGGCGACCAUUCUUAAUUCAACUUAAUUCAGCUGCAAUCUAAGCUACAAAAAGAUUGUUGAUAACAUUAACGGUUAUGAGAACACCCGUAAAGCGGAGCGAUACGUGGAUAGUUAAAAGACCCAGUGCUGUUAUACUCUAUAUCAGCACUGGAAUGCCUCUUGUCCAAUCAAAUUACUUGGUCGGAAGGAACUGACUUGGAUAAUUUGUAAUAAUCUUCAUCUUCUGCCUCAACUUCUUGUAGUAGAGCUUCUUGGCCUCUUGUGGCACAAAGAACUGCAGCAUACAGGACCAUGCGGAGGGCCGAUCCAAUGUGUUGGCUGAGCUACAGCCUUGACAACCUGAUAGUGCUUAAUUUCAUAAUGCAUUUGAUGGUGUUGCCUUUGAUUCACGAAUUCUCCAUUCAGCCCACUGCACGCAUUCUCCUUCAUCUUCUGCAAGACACAAAUGCAAACAUAAGAAAUGAAUGAGAGAAAUCAUAACACUUAAGAUUUAUCUGCCAGUUUACGUCUAUCCGCCUGUCCAAACAACAGUGGCGGUUGUCAUAUUAAAUCUAGGCACUAAGGCCACAUACAGCUGAUGCUCAUGAAGUAAGGCAGAUAAGAAACUGAUAACUACUGAUUUCUCCUUUCCUGGCACAGUCCUUAACAUAUGUAAUGAGGCUAAAAACGUAUAACAUUACAUAACUGACGACCAGUCUAAUGACCGUGAAAUUUGCAGGCAGUAUCGUAUGAUGUAUGCACAAGCUAAUAUGCUUAUCAGAAAAUUUGGUAUGCGUUCAUCUUCUGUGAAAAUAACACUUGCUGCUUCUUGCUACAAAAGAAGCGGCAUUCAAUUAUGGUAUGAGGCUACAACUCAAAGUGCCUAGAUGGAGUAGCGCAAGCCUUCCGUUUGUGAAUGUUGAUGUGCCAACUUGUCCUGCUGUUCUCAGAAACCUUAUGUAUAGAUGUAUGUGUAGACUACUGUGUCUUGCAACAAGUAAGGGAUAAUGGACCACGUUAGACUAUCAAAAGUUAAUACACGUCGGCCCCAAAGCGGAGGGCCGAUCCAAUGUGUUGCGGGCGCCCUCUGGAGGCGCCCUUAAUUAAUUAAAAUAUACGAAACAAGCGAAAUUAAACCAAACAUGUUCCCAAAUGGAACGGAGAAGGGAGGGGGCGGGGGAUUAAAGUUAGGGCGCACUGAAACCCUCACCGUAGUACGCAGGACAAUGCGACAAAGCCAUCUAUCCCAUUCUAUAGAAAAUAUUGAGAUAUAUAUCGUAUAUCGCCAGUCAGCCAAAAAAUAUCGGGAUAUGAUAUUUAGCCCAUAUCGUGCAGCCCUAAUCUGAAUACAGACGUCGCAAAACCUCUACAUCCAGCUCUCCAACAAGAAGUUGACAACGAAGACCUUACGGAUGGCACAGGCAGGCGAUUUGUUCACUGAUGCAUUUCCAAUGCAAAAACCCCGACAACCAAUUGGAAUACAGACGCUGCAAACCCUCUCCAUCCAGCUCUCCGAGAAGCAGUUGACAACAACGGAGACCCUACAGAUAACACAAGCCCGUGAUUGUUUCACUUGCUCCAAAUUAAACGACCAUUCAAAGCUCACGGCAGAAAAGGUAUCAAACUUGCAUUUCAAAAUUGUAUCCGAUACACACAGAGAUGGCCUCUUAUUGGAGUAAAAGGAGGCGAGUCUUGUCCAACGCAAGGGAGACAGAGAACGAGAUUUUGCAGCAAUUACAUUUAAGUACAGUUAAUCAGGCUGAAAAUGCCCCCCCUAGCUUACCAGAUCUAGCACUGUGUGGGGCAACAGUGGCAAACAGUCCUGACCAAAACACUACAGACAGUGAUGCCAGUGAAAGAGAGGAUUUUAGUGGGUUAUCCAGCUCUGAUGAAAGUGAGCCUGAGGAAAUGAGUUUACAAGUUAAACUAAAGCAAUGGGCAUCAACUUUUGGCAUUACUCUUGUUGCAGUUACCGCUCUUCUAUCAAUAUUGAGAGUACACCACUCUGAGCUGCCUAAAGAUGCCAGGACACUUCUUGGCACACAAAAGAAAAUAGCUGUGCAUGCAUUAGGUGGUGGUGAAUAUCACCAUUUUGGAUUGGCUAAGGGAAUUUUAUCAAAAUUGAAUUCAAUCCAUUUGCCUAGCUGCCUUCAGACAAUUCGGUUACAAUUCAACAUCGACGGUUUACCCAUUUUUAAGAGUUCAAAAGUUCAGUUUUGGCCAAUUCUUGCGAUGCUCGAUUGUGAUUACACAAAAAAACCUUUUAUUAUUGGUUUGUUUUGUGGAAGUGGAAAACCAUCUAGUGUGUAUGACUACCUCAAAGAAUUUGUCAAUGACCUUACCCAGCUACUGAGGAAUGGAUUGACCUUCAGAGGUAAACCUCUAAAGGUGAUGGUGUGCUCCUUCAUUUGUGAUGCUCCAGCACGUGCUUUUGUGAAACAGAUGAAGUCCCACAAUGGGUACUCUGGGUGUGACAAGUGCAAUCAAGUUGGCGUGUGGCAAAAUAAAAUGACAUAUCCUGAAAUAAAUGCCAGGCUUAGAACAGACGAAGACUUUGCUUUAAUGUCAGACACAGAUCACCACCUGCGACCUAGUCCCCUUACUGGCAUUGUUCAGAUGGUAACCCAGUUUCCCAUUGAUUACAUGCACCUCUGCUGUUUGGGUGUAACAAAAAAACUCAUUCUUUUCUGGAUGAAGGGCAAAAACCUGGCCAUAAGACAGCCAUCUAAUGUCAUCUCAGCUAUAUCAUCUAAACUGAUUGCUCUCCGUCCCCAUAUUCCAUCUGAAUUUGCCCGAAAACCACGAGAGCUGACAGAGAUCGAAAGAUGGAAGGCUACAGAACUAAGGCAGUUCAUGAUUUACAGUGGACCUGUGGUCCUAAAGCACAAUCUACCAGAAGAGAUUUUUGAGAACUUCCUGUUGUUUUCCGUGGGUGUGUUCUUAUUACUCAGCCCCAACCUCUCUGCACCCAUGAUUGAUUUUGCCAAUCGAGUCCUAACAGCAUUUGUUAAAAGCUUUGGAGAUUUAUAUGGUCAAGGAGAAAUUGUAUUUACAGUUCAUCAGGUGAUACAUCUAGCUGAUGUGUACAAACAGUUUGGUGCCCUUGACCGUGUCUCUGCAUUUCCUUAUGAAAACUUCCUUGGAAAAGUAAAAAAAAUGUUGCGAAAGCCUCAACUACCAUUACAACAAGUAGUCAAGAGACUGUCAGAGGUGCCUCAAACUGUAACUCCACCUCCAAGUAAGCAGCCCCUUUUGUACGAAAUGCACCAGGAUGGUCCUUUGCCUCUGCAAUUCAGUACUGCCAAACAGUACAGAAAGGUAGUAACAACAGAUUUCUGCCUGUCAACAAAGACUGGGAACAACUGCAUAGCAGUAGGACAGGAUAUUGGACUGGUCCAAAACAUUGUGCUAUCCUCUGGUUCAGUCUUCAUCAUCUACAGACGAUUUGGGUACAAGGAAUCCCAUUUCACAUAUCCCUGCCCCUCCUCUCGAAUAGGCUGUUUUCAGGUCCAUACGUUGGUAGAUGAUCUUGAGGUUGAGCUCCUUGGGGAUGUCAGCAGAAAAUGUGUGCUUUUUCCAGACCAAGACCAUUAUGUUGCCAUCCCUCUUCUUCACCAAUCCUAAUUCCUUGUCUUC